AUGAAGACUCGGUCAGAUUCCUCCAAAUGGGCCAUCGGGCGUCUCUUUCAAUCUGCACGCCGGAAGAAGCCUCAAACAAAUGUAGAAGUGAAGUCUAUUUCAGCUCCUCUUCCGAUUAUUGAAGUCAAACAGGAAGGUGAAUUAUCAGAUGAAGAGCUUUCCAACUUGAGAGCUUUACAAUUCCCAAAGCCUCGCUCUCAAAAGCAUGUACUUCCAAUAUUAAAUACAUCACUUCAAGUCAGAAAGGUGACACCGUCAGACCAUGAAGAUCCAAACAAUUCAAUUUCUCCAGACAUUGUCAGUCAAUUCACAGUAGAUGUUGAUGAUGUUUCCCAUAGUACUUCAAGGGAUGUAUCAAGCAUCGAAAUCGAUCAAAUGAAUACCCCGAAUUCUUACAACAUAAGGGCACUGGAAACCCCACCAACGGUGUAUAGUAUGGAUUUCUUCAAUGAUGGAACAAAGUUAGAAAUGGCCAAUGAUUCAUGUGAAGCCAUUUCCAUAAGUAAUGUUAAUAUUGAAACUUUCAAGCCAAGUAAUGGACUUCAAAAAAUGACUCCACAAAGAGUACCACCACAAGAAUUGUACACCAAUGAGAUUUAUCGAGCAGAAAUGCUUUCAUUGAUAGAGGAACACAAGUAUAUGAUGGCAAAGAAACAAGAAGAAAUUAAUCAUUUAAAGGAAUUGUUAAGACAAGAACGAUCUUUCACUCGAAACUUUUCCAUUUCAUCUCGUCAAACGGUAAUUGGAUCUCCUUCCCCAAGUUCUCCACAACAGCCAAGUCUGGCUGAAACUAUACAUUCUGGCAGUCCAAUAUUUAGAAGUAAAUUUCUUCCUAUAGACAUCGAUCUCUCACCAGGGUUGGAAACUCCUGUAGAUCGAGAUGGAUAUAAAACUUUUAAUUUAGGACGGGCAAGUUCGCAUGAUAUGUCAGAGAAAUUACAAGGUCCAAUAUCAACUAGAGACUUUUUCAAGGCUGGCCUUGAAUCCAAGUCUUCAGCUACCCUGUACCAUACUGCUUUCGAAGAUUUCCAGCAAUCACAAGUAACAUCUACAAGAUCUUCAAUUGGUACUCUUGGGUCUCCUAAAACCAACCUUACACUUGUAACGGAAGCAGAAGAUUCCGAUAAUACUUUUCAGUUCCGCUAA